UAUCAAAAAUCAUCGGCCGCGGCACAUGUUGAGUUUGUUUUGUUUAUGAAAUUAGGAUUAAUAUGGCUUAUGUUGCACUGAGUGAGGCUGAAAAAACCUAUAUAUUGCACGGUGUAGAGGAUGAUUUUCGCUGCGACGGACGUUCUCGACGGGAUUACCGGCCCAUGGAACUCGAAACCGGACUGGUAAGUAACGCUAGUGGCUCUGCUCGCUUGCGUCUGGCUAACACAGAUAUCUUGGUGGGCGUGAAAACGGAGAUUGAUGUUCCCAAUCCGUUAACGCCGGAAUUCGGCAAACUGGAGUUUUUUGUGGAUUGCUCUGCUAAUGCAACGCCAGAGUUUGAGGGACGCGGAGGUUCAGAUUUGGCUCAAGAACUAGUGCUGUCCUUGCAGAACGCCUACGAAUCACCACUGGCCUUCGACUACCGCACCUUGUGCCUCAUUCCAGGUCAGCAGUGUUGGAAACUCUACAUAGAUAUCUUGAUUUUGGAGUGCGGCGGAAAUCUCCAUGACGCAGUCUCCCUGGCCGCGAAGGCGGCAUUGUUUAACACCAAGUUACCUAGGGUGACGGCAACAUUGUUGGAUGCCGGCAUCACAGACCUCAUCAUAUCAGACAACCCGUACGACUGCACCCGUAUAGGGAUUGAGACUGUCCCGCUUUUGGUUACUGUUUGCAAGAUCGGCGAUUAUUGCCUUGUGGAUCCAUCGGCAGAGGAGGAAGUCUGCAGCACAGUUAGCGUGGUUGUGUCAGUGUCAAUGCGCAAUGGAAAGGCAUUCCUUUCGGGCACCCACUUGACCGGUGGCGGCGCCAUGCACCGGGACACAAUGCGCAACUGUCUUCAAUUGGGCCUGUCCAUUGGAGAACACCUAAAUCACUUGCUCACUAAGAUGUUAAAUCUGGAGCAGGAACGCGUUGGACCGAAGCGACCGCAAACCGUUGGGUUUCUUAAAUAAAGAAGCCGUGGCUUAUAAUGAAAAUGUA